AGUGAAAAUUUCAUUAUAUUUGUUUAAUAAUACUGUGCGCCAUGUCAGUACUCCCAAUGGAUGUUGACACAAAUGAUGACGAAGUAGAAGUUCCUUCCUCAAGCACUUCAAAGGGAGAUAAGAAGAGAUUUGAAGUGAAAAAGUGGAUUGCUGUUGCACUGUGGGCUUGGGACAUAGUGGUUGACAACUGUGCCAUUUGCCGCAACCACAUCAUGGAUCUGUGCAUUGAGUGUCAGGCAAACCAGGCUUCUGCCACAUCAGAGGAGUGUACAGUGGCUUGGGGCGUCUGCAAUCAUGCUUUCCACUUCCACUGCAUCUCUCGCUGGCUUAAGACACGUCAGGUCUGCCCACUGGACAACAGGGAAUGGGAGUUCCAGAAGUAUGGACAUUAAUAAUCUCAUGAAGAAUUCUUUGGUCAACGCAUGAAGAUUUUACCAACGAGCGGAAUGAGGCUCCUUUAUGAAGAAGAAUGUUUUGGUUUUCAUCAACGUUGUGAGGAUAAAAAAUACUACCUAAAAAUAAAGGCUAUGGCCACACAUUUAGAAAGUUACAUGCUCGGGCUUGCUUCAUUUCUUAAGUAGAAAUAAUGAUUUGGUUAAUUUAAUAGAGCAUUUGUGUCAUAGGUAAUAUCGAUGAUUGCCAAGAAAAGAUCCCUCUGUUUUUAUUUAAUAAGAGGAAGUUUGUAGAAGUAUCAAAUAUUAUUCCCUUUGGUCAAGAUCUAUCUGAAGACACGAAUCUUUCUUUGUAUGCCAGAAAUGAGUAAAUUUGUGAUCAUAACUUUUA